UUCAGAGUGGUUCAAAUCAGAAAUCUGGCUCAUCUUUAUCAGUGAUUAAGAGCCAAGUCAAAGUAUGGAAGUGAAUUGCGCGCAAAACGGAAGACGUCCUCAAAAAUAUCGACGUAUCAUAAGCAAAUUUGGCGAACGAAACAUAAAAUUCAUCAAUCUGCCACAGCGUUCGAAGCGAUAUAUUCAAGAUUUUAUCACCACAAUCAUUGAAACACGAUGGCGAAUUGUAAUAGUUGCAUUUUUGAUCGCCGAUUUUGGUUGCUGGACUUUUUUCGCAGUACUUUGGUAUUUAAUUUCAUACUCGCACGAUGAUUUAACAUACGAUGAUAUAACUGGAAUGUCAUUGCACGAAGGAGAAAUGACAUGUAUCAGAGGUGUAAAAAGUCUCACCGAUUAUUUUCUGUACAGUUUCGAAAUACAGACAACAGUAGGAUUUGGUGAACGAUACCCAAACGAAGAGUGUCCAGAGGGAGUUUUUCUCUUCGCUAUGCAAAUUGUGUGCGGCAUAGCCAUCGAUGGUGUAUUGAUCGGUAUCAUUUAUGCGAAGCUAUCACGACCACCAAGCAAACCGUAUCAUUCGAAAUUCAGUCGCAAAGCUGUGAUUUGUCAAAGAGAUUCGCAACUCUGUUGGAUGUUCCGAAUUUGUGAUCCAAAUGGGAGUCACAUCAUUGGUUCAACGAUACAGGCAUGUUUAUACGGUGAAGUUACCUCGAACGAAGGCGACAUAUUUGAACACUUCCAAUAUCCAUUGAAACUACAUGACGAAGGUCAAGUUCAUAUUAUAUUCCCAGUGAUCGUUUGUCAUGUUAUUGACAAUAGUAGUCCAUUGUACACACUCUCAGCUUCACAACUCUUAACGAAACGAUUUGAGAUAAUUGUCACAUUGACUGGUGCAUCAUCAUCAACUGGCCAAACCACCGAAGAAAGAACAUCGUAUCUAUCCAAUGAAAUUAUGUGGGGACAUCGAUUUGUGAAUAUAGUUCGAUAUGUCACAGAAAAUGAAGAGUAUUCAAUUGACUAUGACGAGUUUGAAACGACUGAAGAAGUUGAUACACCUUUAUGCAGUGCUCAAAGGUUUGAUAGACUUUGUGCAAAAGUUAAAAGCCAUUUAUCAGAGAAAUGGGAUUCAAGUGAUGCGUAGAUUUGUACGUGUGACCUUUGUAUACACUCCAGACCGAUUUUCAGAGUAAAUCGGCAUACGAACAGAUCAAACAUACUAUUUAACCCACAACCACCGAAUAAUGAUUACGGACUUCAAAGAAACCCGAUUACUAGAGCACAAUUAUUGUUUGAGCGCAAAUUUAAAUCAGGCGACAUCCUAAACUUAAAUCAUUCGCAAUUCAAAAAUAAAAUAAUAAGCCAUUUUAACCAAAAUCGAUAAUCUGUAAUUACCACCACUAUAAUUAGAUAGUUGUCAAUUUCUUAUUUUUUAAUUUUUGUUUUACCUAAUUCUUUACUUUUUUGUUAUACAAGAAAAUAUAUUUAUUUAUUUUAGUUUAUUAAUAAAUCAUCAUCAAUCAACACAAAUCAUGAUGAAAUCACUAGGUGAAAAAUGUAAUUGGGAUUUAUCCUGUUUUUUUUUACCAUUAUAAAGAAAUAAAAAUAAAUAAAUAUAGACUAGUCUUUGCUAUU